CAGAUAAGCCCGGCUGAGGAAAUUACCACAAGGCUGCUGACGAAAAAGCCCCCCUCCCUCCUCCCUCCCCUCCUCUCCCAGUUCCCCCCACUACCGAGGCUGGCUUGAAUAGCCCGUAGGAAGGAGGGCUCGUGCAGCAGUGGAGACGCGCGUGCUGACACACACGGAGCAGACGCCGAGCGCUCAUGGAGGAAGAGAGCAGCAGCCGCCGCCGCCGCUGAGCCAGCGCCGCACCGCCGGAGUACCGCGCAUCCCCGGAGCUCGCCGCCGCUCGGCACAGACCCUCUCCUCCUCCUCCUCCUCCUCCUCCUCUAGCGCUGCCUCCUUUUUGCCGGCUACGAAAGGCGGCAUGUUCUGCUUCUGCUUCCAGAGCUCGCUCUUGAAGCUGCAGGCGCUGGAGGUGGACAUGUGCUCCCCGCUGGGACCCCCGCCGGAGGACGCCGUCCCGCCGCCGGGCGCCCCGGAGCCCUGCCCGCCCCCCUCUCUCAGCGGAGACGAGGACAGCCCCGCAGCAGAAAACAGGCCUGUCCAGCGUUCCCCGGGCCAGGAGGGUGGGGGGACGGACGGCCUGCAGUCUCCAGGGCCCAGCCGGCUCCUGCACCACAUCACAGACGGGGACAGCCCCCUGCCCUCCCCGCGCUGCGCCAGCUUCAGCCAGAGCCAGCGCUUCAACAGCGACACGGAGGCGGCGCCAUCGCCCCCCUGCUCCCAGCAGUUCAUCAUGGCUAGAGGCAUUGUGAGAACAGAGCCUGCAGGGGGCGCCAAAGACACACUGUCAAUCCCCCUUCUCACCAAACACAUACAGACCGUGAAGAGGAAAAUCCGAAAAUUUGAGGAGAGAUUUGAGCAGGAGAGGAAAUACAGGCCCUCUCAUAAUGACAAGACGGCAAAUCCAGAGAUGUUCAGACUAAUGAAUGAGCUGGCCAAGUCUCGCAAGCAGCUUAAAGAUCUGAAGCUGAAACAGUCUGUAGACGAGCUUCGGGAUGACCGAAGGAUCGCACUCACUGAAAUAUGCAGAUACAACAAUGACCAGCAGGGAGCGACAGAGCCACAGCAUAAACCCUGCUUGGAGGAGACAGUCGACGCCCUGCUGAAGAGAUUGCGGGAAAAGCGACAGGCACUCGGUCUCCCAGACAACAUGAAGGAAAUGACUCAAAACCAGAUGGUCCUGGAGAAAAUUACUCUGCAGAAGUGUCUGUUGUACUUUGAGAGCCUGCAUGGUCGCCCAGGCACAAAACAGGAGAGGAACCUGGUAAAGCCCUUGUAUGACAGAUACCAAAUGAUCAAACAGCUGCUGUGUGCCUCCCCCUCCAUCACCACAAUAGAGGAAGAGGACGACUCCGACGAAGACUGCGCGCAGCGCCGCCUGGCCCUGUCCUGCCUGGCGACGUCCCCGGUGGCCCCGGACGAGCCCCCGUGUCCACAGGAGGAGGACAGCGACACGGCCUUCGUGUCGCCGCUGGACGAGGUCAAAGCGGUCCGCCAGCCCGCCAUCACCAUGUCCAACCUGCACGAGGCGUCAAGGCCGGAGCUGUUGGAGUGUCUCAGAGAAACCAGGGUGGAGAAGAGACGCCGACGCAAAGCCCUCCGAGAAUUCGAGGAGCAGUUCUUCAAACAGAUGGGGAGGACUGCACAAAAAGACGACCGCAUUCCCAUGGCCGAGGAGUACCACGAGUACAAGAAUCUAAAAGCUAAGCUCAGAUUACUGGAAGUCCUUCUCAGUAAACAAGAAACCUCCAAGGCUAUCUGAGAGAAAACCCUUUCCGUUUGUAUCUAUUUAUUUAUUUAUUUAUUUUUUAUUUUUCAAAGGAACUGCUAGGACAUGAACUGGAGUGUUUCAUAUUGGACGUUGUUGUGCCAUACUGACACUUUUAUGCACUUUAAUAACCAUCAUCUUGGUCUACACAGUAAUGAGAUGGCAAGCUAUUCAGCUGUUGCUAUACAACCCCAAAAUGCCCCUUGCCCUUUGUGACACAAAUGCAACGCACUGCACUAUGUAGCAACCAUUGUUAAGUGCUACUCUAUUUAAAAGUCCAGAGAAAGAGCUGAUGUUUGUGUGAAAAAAUGUAUACACUUCUAUGCUAAAAUAUGGCACUUUAUUGUUACUAUAUAUAUAUUUUUUAAAUCAAAACCAAAAUAACAUGCAGCUUUAUCAGAUCUGGUCGUAAUUCAAAAGGUGUCUAAUUCUAGUAUCAUUAAGUAGUAUUGACUUUAAAUUGAUAAUAUUGAAAAGACAAUAUGCAAAUGCUCAGAUUUGCAACUCUACCAUAGAAAAUUGUUUUCUUCCCCAAUGCUAUUCAAAUUUAUAAGCUCUUAGCACACCAAUUAAGUCUUUCCAGAAAAUAAGUACUUUCCAUAACAUCAAUUGGUGCCGGUAUUGAAUUCUCCUUAUCGACUAGUAAUGGCCUCAAGAAAAUAAAUAUGUCAUUUGGAACGAAGACCAAAUAAUGAGUCGUAUAAAGAUAUACAACCUGAAAAUCAAUUAGGCUAACAAUAAACUGCUGUUUGUUAAUGAAAAGGCGUAAGCCAUGCCUUUUAACAGCAUCCUUUGUGCACUCAUUCCAAAUAGGCCGUACAAGUCCAUACAGUACAAUUUUAUAAUCCUUUACAUCACAGUCUGGACAUUUUUAUAGUUUUUUUUUUUUUUAAUAUCUGGAAUGUAGCUGUAAUAUGGUCAUGAUUUUCGUGAGCAGCAUUUUAUUAAAUAUAUUACUUUGUACUGUGAAAUAUGAGAACCACUAAAGGGAGUACAGAAGCUGUGCUCACGUGAUGCUUUCUGUUAAGUGCAAUUCUGCUUGAGAAACUUGUCAUUCAAAAGACCCACAAUCUAAAUUAUUACAAUGGAAAUGUAUCUAUAACCUAUAACGGCAAGUAACGUUAAAAAACGGUAAAAUCCCAUUGAGUGUCUGCAUGCCGAUGAACUAUUAAGCUGUUAAAUUGUUGUGCUACAAUCAAUGUGGUUGAGAAUGUUCUGUUCCCUAUGGCCCAAAUUAGAUUCUAUGGUCUUAACACAUCCUUUGUUAAAUUAUUUUGUCUUAAAGAGAGCUUGUGUAUGUUAGCUUGUUAGUGCACGUAAUUCUGGCAAAGUCUGUAUUCGUUUUUCUUUCUCUUUUGUUUUUGCUUGGAAGGUGUUUUUCCCCAAAAAAUCGACUCGUUGCUAUGAUCUGAAUUCUUGAUAUUGUGCACUUUUGAUUUGUUCAUUUUCUAUACAAUGGUAAAAAUAAAUAUUUUUCUAUCACAUUUAUUAUGCUCAAA